UUUUUUUUCAUGCUCCUCUAAAUUCCUUAUUCACAUCCUCUUUCCUUUCAUAAUUCAUUUUUUCACCAAGGCUACUUCUCAUUCUCUCUCUCUCUCUCUCUCUCUCUCUCUCUCGCAUGGAGCAUGCUCAAUUCACCAGCCAAAACCCAAAUAAUUCCUUUACCAUCAAUACAUCUGAACAGACAUCUUUUCAACAGCUAGACAUAUUAGAAAACUCAUACAGCAAUGCAUCAAUGGCAAUAAUGAACUCAGAGUCCGUAAAUUCCUUAGACAAUACUUUGACUGAACCUUCAAAUACUUCAGCAAUGCAACAGCCGGAACUAGCGUCGUCGCCGGUAUCAAUUCGCCCAAUACAGUUGCCUCGCAAUGCAGUCGGUGCUCGUAAUGACGGUGAGGAUAGGUCAAGAGCCAGAGCAAAUACGGGGGAGCAAAAUAUCUCACCAGCGUUGGCGCCCAGAUCUUUCUCAGAAUCACAACAAGCGCGGCAAAUGAAUGAGUAUUCGCCUACGCCUGCACGAUCACUUGCCCAAGUGCUUCAUUCUGCUGAAGAAGCAGAGAAUACUAGAACUGAUAUCGGACAAUGCGGAUACGGCGAAGCUGACCGUGGUCAAUUGAGUACAUCUGGAGUACAAUUUCAGACUCAGAACGAUAAUCCUAGUCGCCGUGGGCACCCUGAAUCAGGUAUUGGUUCGACAGGAUGGAUGGGUACCAGUAUACCGGAGAGCCGCUUCAGUGGAUUUGAGGUUGUUUAUGACGACGGUGUCCGCAAGCAGAGAACGUUUAGUCUAACAACACAGGUUGAUGAUGAAGAGGAGAGCAGUAGUGAGAACGAUAGUGGUAGCGCAUCUGAGAGCAGCCCGCUACUCAAUUAUCAGCAAACGGGGCCGUAUUCGCGAAAAUACACGGGCCAUCAGCAAGGUGAUGGCGGAAGAAGGCCUGUACAUGGACUCGAGCAUGCACAAGGCGAUCCAGUCUCUUCUUGGCCUUACUCUGACUCACUCAAUGACCGUCAUCAUUCAUCUUCGUCUGGAUAUAACAACUACCCUUUCAAGUGCUUAUUCAACAGCAUCCUAGCCGUUUGGCUCUACAUCACACAAUUCACACUAUCAAUUCCAAAUCGACGUAUCCUCAAGGCAUCCUUAGCGUAUCUUUUUGCGUGUCUUAUUUCAUUCACUCCAUUCUUUCUGCCAUACAUCGGGGUUUCAGGUCAUUUGGCUGCGACAUCAGCAGUGUUUUUCAAUCCUGCAAAAACCUUGGGACGAAUGGUGGAUGCUGUCGUAGCUGGACUCUGUGCGAUCGGAUUUGGUUUUCUUGUCUCUAUCGCCAGCAUGGCUAGUGCAGUUUGGUUCAACAAUAGGAGCCUUUAUAUCUGGGGUCAUGUAGUCACUGUCGUCAUCUUUGGUGGAGGGUCUACGUUCAUCAUUGCGUAUGCAAAGGCGUACUACAAUCGGCCUACGGUAAACGUAGCUUGUACUCUGUCUCAUAUCAUAAUCCUUGUGACACUGACAAAGGAAGGUGCUCUUACUUUGAUGGAGUUUAACAUGACUCGAGUUCUCGCUAUAACGACAUCGAUGCUUCUGGGAGUCUUUAUUUCAACAGCGAUCAGCAUUAUACUUUGGCCCGAAAGUGCACACGAGAAACUCCGACAAGAUAUGGGCAAGUCUUUAAGCUCGUUUAGGCUUUUAUUAAAGCUGUUGACCAAGACAUUCCUCCUAGAAGAUGAUACAACGCCUUUUGGUUCUGAAUCAGUGCAAAAAAUGAUAGAGUCGCAAGUCAAAUCCUUUUCAGCGCUUGCGAAAUCACUAGAGGAAGCACAGCUGGAGGACCCUGGAAAAGACAUUAAAAAGUACGAGGACUGUGUCAAGUCCCUGAACACCUUAGCUCAGUAUUUAAAUGGUCUUCGGAGCUCGUGCGGCCUACAAUAUGACAUGCUCAAGAAAGAUGAGCAGCGCAAGGAUGGUAGAACGUCGGUACAUCCCAGCUCUAGCAGUACUGAUAUUAACGCCGCUUUCAUUAGGCCUCAGGGUGAAGGGGAACACGGACUUGGGGUGGGAGGGCACAUGUCGUCAUUUAGUCUUAUUGGGAGCUUGAGCCUAGACCAGGAUCAGAGCGCAAGUGCGGAUCUGAUCGAGUUCUUGGAUCACGUUGGCAAGCCAAUGAAAUCUCUCGCUCUUACAUGCAAAUUGACUACUAAGCACCUUCAAGAUAUUUUCACCGACGCUGAUGUGAGUCGCGUAUCUUCAGCUGUGCCGUCUCGAUCUCGCUCAAGGACCAUUCAGUCUCAUUUGAACCAACAUGGCUAUGACAGCGCAGAAGCACACUCAGACUCUGCUUUUGAGGGUGGAAACAAUUCACUUCAUCCCGAACUUUCACGCCGAUACUUUAAAAACAACCCAAGUCUCCAACUUAUGCGAUGUAAUCUCGCGAAAGCGCUGGAUAUCUUUGAGGCGGCUAACUCAAAAGCACUAAAGCGUUUCUAUACUCACCAUUAUAGACGACACUCAGUCACCAUGAGAAGAUCUAAUGGAAUGACUAAGCCCAUGAGCGAGCCAUCAUUGCAGGGGCUUAUGGCUAGCAGCAGAGCGGAAGCAGAAUCGACUCCUCAGCCAAAUGCAAUGGGUGAUUUUGUGAUGGAGAAGGCACCUGUUGGCGAACAGAUUUUUUUGGUGUAUUUUUUCGUAUUCAAUCUUAUGGAAUUUUCCAGGGAACUCUCCCAUCUUGUGAGCUGCGUGGAGAGAUUGGUGGGUGGUGAUGAUGGUUUGCCGCUGUGGAUUGAGAGAAAUAGGCAGAGUUUGUGGCGUCGGAUCUGGUUUCAGCUCACAGGCUAUCCAAGGCGAUUGCGACAGCAACCCACGAAUAGGACCAUUAUCAAUGAUGCUACUUAUGAUCCUGAGAUAGGUUUGAAUUCACCACCCAGCAACCAGAGCGCACGAUUAAUACAUGAGCCUGCGGUACAUGGUACUCCUGACUAUCAGCAACAUGGUGUCUAUGACUCUAUUGGCUUUCGUAGACGGCGCAAACAAAGACUGUUUCCAAAGCCCAAUAUCCACAACAAGGCAAACACACUUCAAACGCCUGUACCUUCAACAUUUUCACAGCGUUGGUCGACUCGACUAUGGAAGUUUCUGCAUCUUUUUCGAUCCUUUCAGAUCAAGUAUGCUGUCAAGGCAGCUAUUAGUGCUACAAUUAUCUUAAUACCAGCAUUUGUUGACUGGACUAGGCCAUAUUUUGUCCAAUACCGAGGCGAGUGGGCCUUAAUCUCGAUGCUUAUAGUAAUGGUGCCAACUGUAGGCGGCACCAACAUAGUAGCGCUAUACAGGAUAUUGGGUACGCUCGUAGGAUGCUGCGUGGGCGUCGUCGUGUAUUUGAUCUUCCCUGCGCAUGAGAUCAUGCUCCCAGUUUGCUGUUUUUUCUUUGCGCUGCCCAAUUUUUAUCUUGUGCUCUGUUCAAGUUACCCGAGAAUUGGACAAGUAACGCUAUUGGCUUUCAACCUGGUGCUUAUCCAGACAUACAAUCGUAGAAAUGGCGAUGGUACUGUCCCUCCUGACGAUGAUGAUGACGAUGUUCUUUCUGGUGGCCACUUUUCGUUCUCUAAGUUCAGGAGCGUACCUGAAGCGCCGAAGCCUGAAAUCCCUGAUGAUCCAUCGCACGUUUCCACAGUUUGGACCAUUGCCUUUCACCGUGCGGUGGCUGUCAGCAUAGGAGUCAUCAUUGGUGUUUUAGUGACCAGCUAUGUGUGGCCAUAUGAAGCGCGUGUAGAACUUCGUAAAGGACUAAGCGACCUGUUACUGAACAUUAGUUGGCUGUAUAACCGCCUGGUUUCUGUAUAUUCGAUCAAUCUCGAUCGCGUCAGCAUCAUACCGACCGAAGGCCCCCACCAGAAGGAUCAGUCAAAGUUUCGAGAGCUCGCCAGAAGAUCAACUUUCCAGGAAAUGUUCCAAACCUCUAAUCAAGGGCAAGAAACCGCGCUUGUUGAGUCAGGCGAGAUGCAUAUUGAAAAGAUGAAUAAGGAGUUCAUGGCGAUCGAACUUUCACUGCAACUGCAGCUCUUGGGACUGUACGCUCUGUUGGAGGAGACGCCGAAUGAACCGCGUCUUAAGGGAAAGUUCCCCGUCGACACUUAUAAGAACAUGCUGGGAAGUUGCCAAAACAUCCUGGAUCGGUUCCUAUCAAUGCGCCUUGUCAUUACCAAGGAUGAAUGGGUUGAGAGCGCAAGACGAGAUUUUAUCAUCCCUGUGAACAGAGAACGACGAGAAAUGGUCGGUAAUGUGCUCCUGUAUUUCUAUACGAUUGCAUCGGCAUUGCGACUCAAGACACCCCUGCCACCCUACCUUCCUCCGGCGAAUAACGCUCGUUUAAGGUUGAUCCAAAAGAUUAGACAACUACCUGUGGUUCAGAAAAAGGUGGUUAUGGCAGAAGAUAUCGAUGAACGCUAUAUCUUUUACUACGCCUAUGCCCUUGUCAUGGAAGAUAUCAUCCGUGAGCUGGAACGGCUUGGUCGCUGGUCCCAAGAUCUAUUCGGCGUAAUUACGCCAGCCGCUGAGUUCGAAGCAUGGUUCACGGAUACGGGAGAAGCGCCACCUGCAUUGCCACCUUCAUAUCUACCAUCCUCUGCCACAAGAGAAGCACCCCUUUCACCUUACCGUGAUGUCGAUCAACCAUACCAGUACCCAACGGUGGAAUCGUAUGAGCGAGCUGCAGCAUCGUCACAAGCACGACAUGUUCGCUCAUUACCUCAAUGCCAGAGCGGCGUUGCCAAUUCUAGUAUACCCCAUCGCCAUCCUGAUGAGACAAGCGGAGUCAUUGAUUCUGAAGCACAGAUUAUCUCUGAUUACCGCUCUCUUCAAAAUUCAAUCAACGAGCGUGAUCACAUAUUUAAUUUUGAUCCUCAAGACCCUUUUCGAGAUCAGCCAGUGGGGCCAGAAUACAGAGUUACUAACCCUGGCCAGGGAUUAGAAGCCAUGAUACCAGUGUUACAUUCCCAAAGCGGCAGCAGUACUCCGUUGAGCUCCAUAGCAUCAACAUUGCAUGCCCAACAAAUACAACAAGCAGCUAACAAGGGGGAUCGAGUUAGCCAUGAUCUUAGGGCCUCGAUUUCGCAUGCUGCUAGUCAGUAUGGCACGAUCUCUAAACCUUCAGGAGAAAGUGGUGGAAACAUGGUCGGAACGCGUCAAAAGAAGGUGGACACGAGCUCGUCUCAGUCAUAAUCAUCUCGAGGUACAAGUCUCGUAUGCGACGUAAAGGUCGCGCUAACUAACAGCAAAUACUAGCUCCACUAACAGAUCCUAAACAUCGCUAACAUUUUUCUCUGCUUCGCGUCUGGCAAGUGAACAAAGCAUUAGUCAAUUAUAACAUAGCAAUAUGACACUACUGUUUAUUCCUCUACCCAAAUAAGACAUAAUAGAUCUAUUACCAUUACUACUCUAGUGCUACUAAAAGUAUCAGACAAUGGUCAAACAAGGGGUUUGAGAAUCUUCUCCAUCUCAUACAACUCAAGCAAGUCUGGGUGACGAGAAUUGACCCCAUAAUGGUCCCUGUAAAGUGUUAUUGCAAUCUGCACCUGCUUCAUCGCUUCCUUG